AUGGCAGCUGUGGAGACUCUACUGUGCCUGGGAGCAUGGCUGUCUGCUUGGAGCAUCACCUCUGCAGGUGACAACUCUGUUCCCAGAGUGGAGAACGUCUUCUGGACAUCCCUGGACUUCAAAACCGUUCUCACCUGGACCUGCACCCAACCUGAAAACAACUACACCAUAUGGUACUCUCAGAGUGAAAAUCUUGACUGGAGGGAAAGUUCUGACUGCAGUCAGAUUCCACACCUUGAAUGUGAUCUGACCAACGAACUGGACCCUGUAGACCGGUACUACACAGCUGAUAUACGAGUGGAACAGGAAUCCUUCGACUAUGACUUUUAUGAACAGCCUCACACGCUUUCCUCUCAGUUCAACCCCUACAGAGAGAGUAACAUCAGUGCUGUGAAGUUCUCCUUGGUGGAAGUGAAUGAAACCACAGUGACUAUCAACAUCACAGAUCCUGUGACUUCCAUCCAUCAACAUGGGAAGCAGCUCACCAUCAGAGAUGUCCUCAAAAAGGAUCUCAAGUACAAGAUCAUCUACUAUAAGCCUGGAAGCACAAGAGAGAGAGAAGUCCUGUCUGACUCCAGCACAGCUACGGUGUCAAAGCUGGAUGCAGGACAGAGUUAUUGCUUCAAUGUGGCAGCUUUCAUCCCCAUCAGACCCAAAGCCCAGCAACGUGGAACCUUGAGCAAACAGCUGUGCAGACAGGGAGAUGCACACAUCCUGCAAGAGUUAAGUCUUGGAGCUUGGGUUGGCAUCAUCUUCAUAUUAAUCAUAGUAUUCAUCAUCACCAUCACAGUGACUGUCAUCUGCUGUCGGAGACACCAGCGAAGAAACAGAACCCUCCAAACAUCCCAAUCUUCAUCCCCCAUUUAA